UUAGAGAUGGAGAAGGCUACAGAACAGUGGGCAGAAAAGAACAGGCUUGGCAGCGGCAGCUUUGGGGAUGUGUACAAGGGCGUGUCUCCCUACGAUCGCAAUAAAGCCUGGGCAGUCAAACGAGCCCGGGUUCUCUCCAAUGACUUUCAGAUCGAGGUGAAGGAGAUGGCAAGCAAGCACCACCCUCAUCUCGUGCGGCUGCUGGGCUACUGCCUGGACUUCAACCCGGCAACACGGAAGAUGGAUCAGAUCCUGCGGCUGGACGUGCUGAUUGGAGUGGCUAAGGGGCUGCAGUACCUGCAUGAAUUCGGCAUCGUGCAUCGCGACAUGAAGCCCGCCAACAUUCUCCUCGAUGCAAAGAUGCAGGCCAAGAUUGCUGACUUUGGGCUGGUGAAGCUGAGUGGAGGCACCUCCAUGGGCACCACGCCUCCCGCCCCUCAAUCAGCCAAGUGCUGGUAGAUCUGGUGAAGAUGAGGGAGGAGGCCUUCGGAGCGCAGGCAAACAGGGUUGCAUCUCGCAUUGACGAGGAAAUCGA